AUGGCAGUACAGAAGCUGUAUCCACGGGCGACGGUGAAGCGGAUCGUCAAGUCUCACACUCGCAAAGCCCUGACCAAGAAUGCAGACAUACUAAUCUUCCUAGACUACAUGCUGUUCAUGCAAGAGUUGAUGCGUGAAGCAUCGAUCCAGGGAAGAAAGCGCGGCGACAAGGGCAUCACAGCCAGGACGGUGCGACGAGUUACCGAGAGGGCUGUUUCUCACGCGGAUUACACGUCUAGGGGACGCUACGCAAGUUCAAGGGAUAGGCAAAUCAUGGCCCUCUUCCGUGGCUCGACAUGA